GGGGGGGAGGUUUUGCUUCCGAAUUGGGAAGGAAGACAACAGAGAGGGCUUCGGGGAUGCAACCGUUGAGUCUUGCAGCCGGAUUCUUGGAAGGCUUAUUCUCAAGCAAGUGAAUAAGAGUUGUCUUUCCACAGUCAAGAGCAACCCAAGAAGAAGGGGAAAGAGAUGGAAGAGGAGGACUCAGAAGGCCCUGGAACUGGCAAGAGAUUGAAGAAGUGUUCCCAACCUAUCCAGGUAGUGAGUGAUGUUGAAUUUGAGGAAAAAGCUGUGCCAGAGAUCUUGACUCAGGACACGAUGACUGCAGAUGUACGCAGCCGAUGCUUCCGGUGGUUCUGUUACCAUGAGGUCGAUGGACCCCGAGAGUUUUGCAGCAAGCUCUAUGGACUGUGCAACCAUUGGCUGAAGCCAGAGAGGAACACCAAGAAACAGAUGCUGGACCUGGUGAUCCUGGAGCAGUUCCUGGCAGCCUUACCCCAGGAAAUGCAACGCUGGGUCAGAGGAUGCGAGCCAGAGACCAGUUCCCAGGCGGUGGCCCUGGCUGAAGGUUUCCUCCUGAGUCAGGCUGAGGAGAAGAGGCAGACAGAGCAGACGUGGGGACAAUCUCUGAAGAUGGAAGAAAAGUCCCCUGAGGGCAAAAGAGCUCCCUCAGAGGAAAGUCAGAGGGCACCAUUGCAGGAACAUGCCCAAGAUUCCCUGCCAAGUGGCAGUGAAGAGAUGCUGUCAAUCCUUCAUCUGUGCAGCGAAGUGGAAACAGCUGCUCCACAUCUGGCCCAGUCACCAGUUUCCUUUGAGGAGGUAGCUGUGUAUUUCACUGAAGGUGAGUGGGCCCUGCUGGGUCCUAGCCAAAGAGCUCUCUACCGGGAUGUCAUGCAGGAGAACUCUGGGACUGUGGCUUCUCUUGCAGCAGACAUAGAGGAGACAGCUGGGGAAUUCCAGGGGUUCUCUUUGGAAAAAAGCAAGAAUGAAGGUGCCAAAGGACACUAUGGGGAUGCACCACAGAGGCAGGAGGGAAACCACACAGGUGACAAUCAGAGGAAUGAGGAGGAUGGGGAACUGCAUCCUCAAUUGCCAAAGGAAGUGAAGAAUGAAGACUUGAGAGGAAACUUCUACAAUCAAGAUGGGCCUAAGAGGGAGAAAGAAAGCCAGAUGGUCAAGGAGAGGGGUAUUGAAGUCAGACUGACUGGCCUGUAGUUUCCUGGAUCUCCUCUGGAACCCUUUUUAAAGAUGGGGGUAACAUUUGCUACCUUACAGUCCUCAGGAACAGAGGCAGAUUUCAAUGAAAGGUUACGUAUUUUUGUCAGAAUGCUCCAAGUGAGGAAAGAGAUUCAGUUGCAGUGGCCAUCUUCAAAAUCAUUUAAGAACCCGCACAGGAGAGAAGCCUUUUGAAUCCCAGAGUCACACAAAGAGAAGCCAUGGAACUGCUUAGCUCAGAGAUGUUGAACUCGUUUGUUAAGAGGACCAUAAGUUACACGAAUGUCACUUUGUUGAAGGGCUAUGUGUUCCAUAGAAUGUAAUGCUGGGUACAGGAGAUAAACUUCAGGAAGGACACAGGCAUACCCAAUUAACAAUGUUAUUUUUUUUCAAAAUACAAACAUUUGUAAAACAUUAA